UUUAUAUUUUACGGCUAUAAUCUUUAUAAUAUGUAUGCAAUUAGUUAGAGGUGUGAAAGAGGAAGCCACAGCGAUGGAAUCUUCAGAGGAUUUCGUGUUUGAAUUCGUCCCUGCACUCAAUUCUCUCGCACGAUGUGACGAAAAGUUGAACGAGGUUCUUGAACCUUUUAUUAAUCUGAAGACAUGGUGCAACCAAGAUAAACAURYACUUCUCCAAACCCUUGCUGGAUUYAUGCUUACAGAACGUACAGCAUUACAAGUGAUGAAACAUYUUAAACCUAUAAUUAUUGAGAUAUUACAAAGGUGUGCUGAAGCUAUCAUCAAAGAUACAAAGUCAUUCUACGUCAACCAUGAAUCGUUCAGCUACGUUCUUAGUAUAUUAUUACCAGUUAUACCAAACAUACAGGCAUUUGUAUUGGAAUACUAUGCAAGAACUCCUUCAUUUUAUAUCCGUUUACUGGAGCAAAGGACUCAAGUUGUUAAAGACAAUGAAAAACUUCUUAUGAUUACCAAGACUGCAUAUAAUUUCUUAAAUUAUGACUUUGAAACUUUUAUUGAUGUUUGGAAUUGGAGCAUAUUUUUUGAACUAUUGCAACACAAUCACAUAGAGAUAAGGUGGCUCACUGCUCAUUUGGUUGCUAUGRUAACACAAAUGAAUGAAAAGAGUAAAUUGGAUCUGUUGGGAAAGUUGUUCAGUGUAGAGGAAAGAAAUAAGAUGAUAUUGGAAAUGGCUCAAGAGUAUAAUAUGGGUAGURUUCAAGAUUUAAGUGAUCUUAACUCUAAUAAUUUGACAAAAAAUGUUGCUAUGGAAACAGAUACCCAGUAUUUUAGUGGAAAGUAUUUUACUAAAGAAGAUUUUACAGGGAACCACACUGCAGUUUCUGGAGUYGUACUUCAUACACUUCAGAACCAUUUGCCGCAGAAUGAUGGACGUGUUAAUAGUCUUGUAAUGAUUCCAUCAAGCAAAAGAAAUCUUCACUCUCUUGCUUUGGCUGUUGCAACUGGUUCUGRUGUACUGUUAGAAGGACCAGUUGGGUCUGGUAAAACAUCUCUUGUGGAAAACCUUGCAAGAAUGACAGGAAGAGCUUCAGCUCCUUUACUUAUGAAAGUACAACUUGGAGAUCAGACAGAUAGCAAGUCCUUGCUCGGCACAUACAUWUGUACAGAUACGCCAGGAGAAUUUGUCUGGCAGGCAGGUACUCUACUACAGGCUGUACAAGGUGGACACUGGGUGCUCUUGGAAGAUAUCGACUAUGCACCAAUGGAUGUAGUAUCUGUGCUGAUCCCUCUUCUUGAAUCCAGAACACUGUCAGUACCAGGUCAUGGGAAUGUUGUAAAAGCAGCACCAGGAUUCCAGCUAUUUGCCACUCAAAGGACUCACAGCCACAGUGGUUAUGCCUUCCAUGCCUAUACCAAUUCAUCCAUUCUAGACAGGCUUUGGACGAGAGUUCAUGUGGAACCUYCAUCUCAAGGAGAACUUAAAGAGAUCAUUUGUCAGAAAUUUCCAGAUUUGUCAUCUGUAUCGCACAAGCUUGUCGACAUCUACAGUGUUGUUUCCUCAGACWCUAGACUAGCAACCAAAGAUGAUGUCACACUCUCAUCCUUGGCRCAUGACAAGAGGCUCAGCACAACAAGAGACCUCAUGAAAUGGACCUCCAGAGUUUCCAUGGCAACAAGUAAUGGCCCAUUCUUUGCCGAUGCUAAAGAUGUCUUCCUUGAAGCGCAAGAUUGCUUUGGGGCAACAUUAUCUAAGGCUGAGCACAGGCUUGAACUUGGAAUGAUUGUUGGUGCAAAACUUGGUCUGACCAAAGAAAAAGUUGACUUCUUUUGCAAGAACUACAAGCCCAAAAUUCAGAUAUCUAAACUCUCUGUCACAGUAGGCCGAGCAUCUUUAAAUAGACUACAGCAAGACAAAUAUGCUACAAAUAUUGUGAUGCCAAAAUUUGCCCACACAAGACACUCGCUUGUACUGUUAGAGAGAGUUGCUGCUUGUAUAAAACAGGAAGAACCGGUUUUACUGGUUGGAGAAACCGGGACAGGCAAAACGUCAUCAGUUCAGAAUCUUGCUGCCUUGUGUGGACUGAACUUGAAGGUGAUCAACAUGAGCCAGCAGAGUGACAGUGCUGAUCUUUUGGGUGGUUUUAAACCUGUUGAAAUGAAACAGCUUGUUGGACCAGUCAGAGAGUACUUUGAGAAUAUCUUUUGCCAGACAUUUUCCAGGAAACAGAAUGUCAAAUAUUUGAGUCAUGUUCAACAAUGUUAUGCCAAGAGUCAGUGGGAGAUGUUAUUUAAACUCAUGGUUCAUUCUCAGGAAGCUGCAGUUGAUAGGAUAUCAAAGGGCAAAAGUGUUGUUGAUGAUGAGGUCUCCAUCCAAGCACUUCUCAGAAAAUGGCAGAAACUUGCUUCCAAGAUAGAACACCUCAGAAAGCAGCAGAAGCAUGCAGAGAGUGCUCUUGCUUUUCGUUUUGUAGAAGGCACUCUUGUGAAGGCCAUCCGUGAUGGAGAUUGGAUUCUGCUGGAUGAAAUCAAUCUAGCUACACCUGAGACUUUAGAGUGCUUGAGUGGGUUACUGGAGAGUAGUGCAGGAUCUGUUGUACUCCUGGAAAGAGGUGAUGUGGAACCCAUAGUCCGCCAUGAUAACUUCCGCUUGUUUGCCUGUAUGAACCCUGCUACUGAUGUUGGGAAGAAAGAUUUGCCUCCAGGAAUAAGAAACAGGUUUACAGAGAUUUAUGUCGAUGAACUUGAAGAUGUCAAUGACUUAAAAACCCUGGUUGUGGAUUAUCUACAGGGUCUGUYGCCGUCUGCGGCCAUAGUUGAUGGGAUUGUCAGGUUUUAUUUAACAGCAAGGCAUGAAGCAAGUGAUAAGCUGACGGAUGGGACUGGACACAAACCACACUACAGCUUAAGAACGCUGUGUAGAGCGUUAAGAUAUGCCUCAAGUAAUCCCCAUGGUAACUCCUUGAGAUCGAUCUAUGAGGGUUUUUGCCUUAGUUUUCUGACCCAGCUCGACCGUUCUUCCCACCCGGUAGUAGAGUCCUUGAUACGAACCAAUAUCCUCGGUCACGUGAACGCCACCAGUCUCCUCAACCAGCCUCUUCCUUGCCCUGUUGAAGAUAACAAGAGUUUUGUUAAAUUUGAAGGCUUCUGGAUCAACGUUGGAGAGCGUGAGCCAGUUGUUAAUUCUCAUUACGUGCUUACGCCUGCUGUGAAGGCCAACUUGCGUGACCUUGCCAGGGUAGUAAGUGGAAGGUCUUUCCCCGUUCUCAUCCAAGGUGAGACGUCUGUGGGUAAAACAAGUCUUGUCCAGUGGUUGGCCAAUGCUUCAGGGAACCAAUGCGUCAGRAUUAACAACCAUGAACACACGGAUAUCCAGGAAUACCUGGGGUGUUAUACCUCUGAUCAUAAUGGUAGACUUGUCUUCAAAGAAGGUGUCCUGGUGGACGCGAUGAGGAAAGGUUACUGGAUUAUCCUAGAUGAACUGAACCUUGCACCGACUGAUGUGUUGGAAGCUUUAAACAGGUUGCUGGACGAUAACCGRGAGUUAUUCAUCGCUGAAACACAAGAAACUGUGAAAGCGCAUCCAAACUUCAUGUUGUUUGCCACUCAAAACCCUCCAGGACAGUAUGGCGGCAGAAAGGUUUUGUCCCGUGCUUUUCGUAACCGUUUCGUUGAACUUCACUUUGAUGAACUACCAAGCAAGGAACUGGAAAAGAUCCUCCAUGAACGAGGAAGAAUCCCUAUGUCUUAUGCCAAGAAAAUGGUAGCUGUGCUYUUGGAUUUACAGGCGAGGCGUCGUAGCUCYAGCGUGUUUGCAGGAAAGCAAGGUUUCAUUACCUUACGAGACCUGUUCAGAUGGGCCGAAAGAUACAGUAAGAACCCGGAUGUGCAGGGAGGUUUUCAUGACUGGGAGCAACAUAUUGCCGGCGAUGGCUACAUGUUGCUCGCAGGACGUUGCAGAAAUCCACAGGAAUGCAAGGUUAUUCAAGAAGUCCUUGAAAUUAAUUUUAAACGAAAACUCAACCCAGAAACGUUAUUCACUAACACSACAUCAGCAGUGUCUGCCAGCGACAUCCUUGGGCAAGCCAUGRGUCGUGCGAUAGAUGGAUUUGAUCAUGUUGUAUGGACCAAGACCAUGAAGAGGCUUGCCGUGUUGGUUGGCCGGGCCUUGCAGUUUGGUGAACCUGUGCUYUUAGUUGGCGAAACUGGAUGUGGGAAGACAACUAUUUGUCAGCUCUUUUCGGUGCUCAACAUCCAACAUCUUUAUUCAGUCAACUGCCACAUGCACUCAGAGUCAUCUGACUUUCUGGGUGGUUUACGACCUGUCAGAAAUMGACAUCCUGYAGAGGAGGAUGGGAAACUGCAGAAGUUCUUUGAGUGGUGUGAUGGCCCUCUGGUUCUGGCCAUGAAGGACGGUGCCAUGUUCCUGGUAGAUGAGAUCUCCCUUGCAGAUGAUUCUGUUCUCGAGAGACUCAACAGUGUUCUGGAACCCGAGAGGACUCUAGUGCUGGCAGAGAAGGGUUCUGAGGGGGGUGGGGUGAACGACAAGGACGUGGAUAUCAUUGUUGCGCAUGAAAAGUUCAGAGUUGUGGCUACCAUGAAUCCUGGCGGUGACUUUGGGAAAAAAGAGCUAUCUCCUGCUCUGAGAAACAGGUUCACAGAAAUUUGGUGUCCUUCAACAAACAACGACGAAGAUCUGAUUGAGAUCAUUGAACAUAACCUGGUGUCUGGAAUGUCAUUUAACACUACCCCUGAUGGUUUAUCUGGUAUUGGAAAGGCUAUGGUUGACUUUAUCAACUGGUUUCACUCGACUGAAUUUGGCAAAAGAUUUGUAGUGAGCAUCCGGGACCUAUUAUCAUGGGUGAGGUUCAUUAACACGUGCUGUAACCUAGCAACACCUGAUGGCCACGUGACAUCUGAUCAUGUGACUCCUGACCAGUCCCCUACUUCACCAGUCCUUUCUCCAUACACUGCAUACCUCCACGGCGCAUGUCUGGUGUUUCUAGACGCACUUGGCGCCGGCUUGUCAAGCUAUGCAUCGACUAGUGCUUCACCACAGGAAGCCCGAUCGACGUGUAUCGAAUUCUUAAGAACUCRGCUACGGAAUKUCAGUGAGRAYGAGACAGAUGUGUUUGAUAUGAAAGGGCAGAGUGCUAUAAUCACGGAGAAUUUCUUUGGAAUCAAGCCAUUCUAUAUUCCGAGAGGUCCCUUACCUAUACCACAGGACAUGAGUAAUACGUAUGCUCUCAAUGCCCCCACUACAUCCCAGAAUGCACAGCGACUUUUAAGGGCCCUUCAGCUAGACAGGCCCAUAUUGUUAGAGGGCUCUCCUGGUGUUGGAAAGACAAGCCUGGUGACUGCCAUAGCUAAAGCCUCCGGUCAUGAACUGGUUAGGAUAAACCUCUCUGAGCAAACGGAUAUAACGGAUCUGUUUGGUGCUGAUCUUCCCAUCGAAGGGGCCGAGCCCGGUAUGUUUUCUUGGAGGGAUGGCCCGUUACUCAGAGCUCUAAAGGCUGGUCACUGGAUCGUCCUUGAYGAGUUAAAUUUAGCAUCACAGUCUGUACUUGAAGGACUUAACGCUUGCCUCGAUCACAGGGCUGAGGUAUACAUUCCAGAGCUUGGUAUGACGUUCAAAGUUCAACACAAGAAGACAAGAUUGUUCGCUUGUCAAAAUCCACUCAACCAGGGAGGGGGCAGGAAGGGUUUGCCAAAGUCUUUCCUCAACAGGUUUACCCAGGUUUAUGUGGAUCCUUUGUCAAUGGAAGACCUGUUGUUUAUUACUACUUCUUUAUAUCCUAAUAUGGACUGUCACGUGCUGCAGAAGAUGAUAAACUUUAACAUGCAGCUUCAYCAAGAGACAGUAGUAGAAGCUUCCUGGGGUAAGAAAGGCAGUCCGUGGGAAUUCAACCUUAGAGAUGUCUUCAGAUGGUGCGACCUACUUCUCAGACACAAGACAUCCUCAUAUGAAGACCUGCAGCAUUUUGCUAAGCUGAUAUACAGUGAUCGCAUGAGGACCACGGAAGAUAAGACAAAGGUUCUUCAGCUGUUGUGCAAAGUGUUUGAUGCGAACCAGGGGCAAAACGACGAGAACCUGAUAUACAAACCAGCAAUACACAUCACACCAUCACAUGUACAGGUGGGCCACUCAUUCCUUCCCAGAAACCAAUGCGUCAGUCGUUCUGGAUCUCUAGUCAGACCGCUCCAAGUUCUUCAUCAUGAUCUUCCUUAUAUGGAAUCGCUGAUGAAGUGUAUUGACAUGAACUGGAUGACUAUUCUGGUGGGUCCUCGGUCAUGUGGUAAGACAUCACUAGUCCAACUACUUGCAGAACUGACUGGUACUAAACUAGAAGUAAUGGCCAUGAACAGUGCUAUGGAUACUACAGAACUGCUUGGAGGAUUUGAACAGGCAAAUCUUAAUCGACAUUGGGAAGAAAUAAUCAGUGAGGCGAAGGUACUGAUAACUAGUACUGUAAGGACUGCUUUGCUUAGGAAAAUCCAGAAUAGAACGUCAGCUGAGUGCGGGAACUUGGAUCCUGGUUUACUGUACAGUCAAUGGGAAUCUUUUAUCAAGCCCUGUAUUACUGGAUCAGUUGAGGAGGGGAAGUUGAAGGACAUUGGUUCUGGAUUAAAUGUCGUUAAGAUAGACCAGCUCCUGGAGAUUCUAGACAAUACUGUAAGAUUGAGUGGGGGGUCUUCUGGUGACGAGAUUGAUGCAGUAAAACUACGCGCCCUCAAUCUUAAGACGAGGCUGCAGUCUAAUAACGGCAGCACUCAUUGUGGAGGUCAGUUUGAAUGGGUCGAUGGACAACUGGUUGAUGCAUUAAAAUCUGGUCACUGGCUGCUCAUCGAUAAUGUGAACUUCUGCAGUCCGUCAGUUCUCGAUAGGCUCAACGCAUUGUUAGAGCCUGGUGGUGUGUUAAGUAUCAAUGAACGAGGUGUUAUAGAUGGAGAAGUCCCUGCUGUUAAGCCUCAUCCUGAAUUUAGGCUCAUACUCACGAUGGAUCCACGGUUUGGAGAGAUCUCACGUGCCAUGCGCAAUAGAGGAGUGGAGAUCUACAUGUCUGGCGAGGAUGAAGAGACCGGGUACGACUCCUAUGAUCUCCAAAUCAUGUUGAGCGGUACUGGACUCUAUGAUACAGUCACGUGUCACAUGCUUCUUGCGUUUCAACAGGAAUACAAAGCUAAACUUGGUGGUUCUGUACUGGACCUCCUCCACGCUGCUACCAUGAUUACCGACCUACUACACAGAGGCGAAGACCUGGGUAAUGCUGUCGUGACGUCACUCAACCAGGUCUACGUCAGAAGUCACGUGAAUGAGAGCGAAAAGCAGAUUGCUGAAGACUUGAUCACAACUUACAUGAAUAAAUAUCCUGUAUCCCAAGAAAAAGAAACCAGUCCACUCCAGAUGAGCUCAGCUCCAUCCGUGCGAGACUUUAUCAUGGACUCUACCCUAGCAACGAUAAGGUGGCACUGUAUGCCUUUAGUGAGGUUACUAUGGCAACAGCAUUCAUCCAUUCGGCACGUCAAGCAUGCAGUAGACGUUGUCAUUGAACGAUCAUCUUUAUAUGAUUGGCAGCUUAGACUUAAGUACUUGGUAUCAGUUCUCGAGCAGCUGAAAGCAGAUCCUGGUAAAGGUGGCGAAAUGCCUCAGUUGGUUGGCAUGGUGACGAGUGUCAUACAGGGACUCUUUGGUAGCUCUCUUAUGAAGGGAGUUGAAGAGAAUCAUCAGUUACUGGCUGUGGAAGAUAUUGAGAGAGAUCUUCUGCCUCAUCAACCAUUCGAUCUUCGACUGUCUGGUCAGUUGUGUCAUCAUCUCGAUUCAUCCGACACUCUCCAACAGAACUCAAGUCUUGCUAACAGACUCCAUCUUCUUGCAACGAGGAUAAAGCAAGUGAUUUUGGAAAGCGCACAAGAGAAUACUUCGACAAGCAAAAAUUUGGUCAAGCUGUCACGUGAUCUCCAUGCAGGGCUUGUUUCCAUGGAGAUGCUACCCCAUCCAUCAGUUGCGCAUUUGGUGCCUUUAUUUAAGUGUUUUAAUGACUUUGUUAACAGUUUAAUCACGAGUGAUUGUUCUUUGGAUGAUCAAGAAUAUAUCGAGGCCGUCGAAUCCCUCCAGUGGAGCAGUCGUUUGUUCAACAUCUGCACAUCGUUAUCGUUCAAGUCAUUUUCCCUCGCCCUUCUCUCUAUUCACUGGCAGUGGUUCGUAGAGAAAACCCUUCGAGUCUUCCCACAGAUUGUUGGAAAGAAUGUCAGCGAGUGUCCACGUGAUUUGAUGACAGUUGUCAAACAGCUGAGUCAGUAUCUUGGGACAGACACACAGCUUGCCAAAACCCACCUGAAAAUAGCUAGAGAAUUUGGACACCCACUUCCUUUCAAGUCGGUGCCUGUCUAUCAAAAAUGGGAGGAACUAGUUGAACUCUGUCACGCGAUGGAGUUGUCAUGGCGACAGGAUAUGACGUCACACGAAGAAGUUCGCCUCACCAAUCAAGUAAAGCUCAUGACAAGCGAAGGAGAAACAGUCAGAGAUAUGCUGUCCAGAGCAAUGGUUCUUGUGCUUAACGAGAAGAGCGUGACGCACGAUGGAAUGUUGACUGAAUCAGGAGAAGUUGAAGAACUGGUUCAAAAAAUAUCUUCAAUGGCGACCAGUAGGGGCUUGGUACAAAAUCCAGCCAAUCCUUCCCCCCUAGUGGAGGAUAUUGACCUACACGAUGAUGAUGAUUAUGAUGGCGAAGUGGUUGCCAAAGUAUCGAGUGAUAACGCGAUGAAGAUGGCCUUGUUCCCGUUAUUUGAUGAGGUCGGCUCCUCUCAGGAACUGUUUGUUCUGGCAGAGUUAGAAAGACUCCUUGUGCAGUCCAAGUACUCGAGUUUCCAUGGUAACGUCAAUCAAGAAAUGUACAACACACUUGAAGCAUUAAUCAGAUUCCUGUUACGUCAUUCUACCCGGUCUUGUCACACCCUGGCCAUGUAUCGUUUACUGCAAGGAGCUUUGUUUCAGGAUAAAGGACUGUCCACCAUUAUGAAGCAUCUUGAUUCGGAACUUUUGCAGUCUGUGAUGACACAAAGAACCAAGCCAUUGGUAUCUAUGAACAUCGCUAAAUGGGCAAUAGUAUCAUCCCGGCAAACUGAGUCUGAAGAUCGUUUAACUGGGGACAUUGAUUCCUAUAUGUUCAACGUUCUCAACAAUCCAUCUCCCUCCAAAACGAAGAAGGAAGACGCUGUUGAUGACCCGCUCUCAUCGGUUGCUAUUGGUAACCACAAAGAGAAAUCAGACCAGCUUGAGGUUCUUGUACGUCAUUUGUGGAGUAAUGCCGAUCACGUGACAAAUCAAGCCGAUCAUGAAAGAAUAAAUGAUGUAAAUCUGUUCGCAUCAAAGUUUUCUCAAGUUCUCCUCUCAUUGGCUUCUCUAUUGGAUGCGAAUGACGUCACGGAGGAGGUUAUACAGGUUGCUAUGGCAAUCGCCCAAACAGAGCCUCCUAAAAUAGAAGGACGCGUAGAGGAAGUGGUAAACGAAAUGUUCACUUCAUACGAACAGAAGACAGGGACAAAAGAAAAUGUUGAUGUGAUGAAGAAGCUGAUAUUUGAGUCGUUCAGCCAUUUUGAAGUUUGUGUUGGUACUCUAAAGAGUGAAGGUGAAAGUGUUGCUGACAGCUUCUCUGUUCAUAGUGGUUGUAUGUGGGUAAAACUAGGAUUGCUACAAACCCUCAUCUUGUCACCCGUCGGUCCUGUUGACCCUGUGGAGGAGAAUUCCAUUGAACUACAGUACAUCCAAGACGAGAUAUCAGAGAUGAGGAACGAGCUUCAAGUCCGUUUUUACGCUGAAGAACUUUGGACUGGAGCAAGAAUAAAUCAAGAUGAGAUUGAGAAAGAACACGAUGAUGGAAGAGAUCACAGCACGGUGAAGCUGACGUCGAACCCAUUGCGGGUGAGACAAGUGAUGUGUAAUCUAGUGAAGGGUAAAGAACGCGAGAGAUACUUGAUGAGGAACACGGCUGUAAGACCCAAGCCUUCCCAGUUUGGUUCAAUACUGAGUAACAUCAAGCAUUACAGUUCAACCAUUGGAAGCCCAAAAGCUGUCCUCCAAAUGCUAGCUGAACUCAAGCAAGCAUCCUCGAGUUUAAGUCAACAUUCACAAAAUGAACAAAGCGUUCGACCUCUUGAUUUUAACAGCAUUCAAAACCUGUUGCAACGUGUGGGAUCCUGGACAAAUUCACAGGAGAGGUUCAUAUCACAGAUGAAGAAGGAUUACCCAUUAUAUAGUGACGUCACAGGUCCAUUCCUCUCGUCUGCUGCCCAGGUUUUAUUGGGGAUGACCAGAAUUAGUUCUUGGCUGCAGAACUUAAUGCAGAGGAAUUUAUUCCUGACAAACUGCUCAUUUUUGGAACCAAACGAGGUUCUUCUGCCAGAGAGUCUCAUUCAUGUGUUGUGUAGUCAUGGAAUAUUCGCGGAUCAAAGUUCUCUGCAACUGGCGAGGGUCUUGAUCUCUGCUCCAACAUGGACAUGUGUACAAGGAUUAAAGAACAGCUCGGCACUUCAGGUUCAAGACAGCGGCCUACAUACAGAACUAACAUCAAGAGUUCUGUGGACAAGCCUUCUUCAAGUUCGUAACCACACUUUUUGCCAAGGCUACUUAAAUGGAAAGAUCAUAGAUGUGUUAGUAGAAAUACUAAACCACUACACCCAGCAGUGGACGCUCGCUAAAGAAGAGGAGCAGCGAAGAGAACAAGAGGAAGGCAACCUCUUCAAGUAUAAAACAACAUCCCACAUGGAAGAACCAGAUGAAGAGAAACAAAUACAGAUAUCGUUAUGUCAAUCAUUCCCUACCUUCGACAGCGAGUUUAGUGACUUAAUGACGUCGAAUAGUCUAGAGGAAGUGACGAAACAACUUGAUGACGUAAGCACAAGUGACGUUAACACUUCUGAAGUCGAUAAGUUCAUGCAAUCUGUCGAUACGUCACGAAUAUGUAAAAUACAUGAACUGUUAUUCUGUGACGUCACUUCUUGUCACUCAUGGAUGCUGAUUGGUCCAAAAAGUGAUGAGGUAUUACGUUGUCAUGGUGAUUCGGAGUAUCUGGAAUUGAUGCAAAGUUGUUACCAGACGGCAGCGGUCGUGAGUGAGAUUAACGAGAAAAGUAGAUGCUAUCAGAGUAUCAAAGAUUGUGUGUGGGAAUCGCAUCUCGUGCAGGGCAAAGCUAUGCUAGAACGACUGACCACAGCUGAUGAACCUUCGCUGGAACCAUCUGCGAACAUCCAUGGCAAACACUACGACAUCUAUCACGAUAUCAACAUACCGGAAGUUGUUCAAGUACUUCCUGUCAUGACGUCAUUGACUACGCGAUUGAAGGAAUUACUUGCUGAGUGGCCUGGCAACCCUUUACUUACCCAGCUUCAGUCAUUCGUUGAUAAGAUUCUGUCACUACCCGUCACUAGUCCAGUCAUGAAGGUUUUGACCGGGGUGGAGCUGCUUCUGAAGAAUGCCCAGGAAUGGGAGAACAACGCAAGCAGACACGUCAGCAUCAAGGACAAUCUUGACAGCAUUAUACAACUCAUCAUUCGAUGGAGAAAGUUGGAGCUUAGGUGCUGGUCAUCUCUUCUUGAUGUUGCUACAGACAAAGCGUCCAGUAAGGCYAGCCAGUGGUGGUUCUACUUAUACAGUCUUGUGCAGCAAGUAUUUAACAACGAUAACACCAGCAACUCAUCUGUCGAAGUUUCUGAUCUCAUCGAUCCUCUCCAACGCUUCAUCGAGUCGUCGUCACUGGGCGAAUUCUCAUCGCGCUUAAAGAUGCUCUACGCCUUCUACCAACAGUGUGUAACCAUGGAGAUUACUAUGGCAACCACGUGUAGCCAAGGAGAUGCGCGAACCAAAGUUUCAGAUACAAUGUUGAAUAUUCACGCGUAUUAUAAUCAAUUCUCUGGAGCCGUGCAGAAGAGAAUCGAACAUGCGAGGGAACCCAUCGAGAAGGAACUGAAGGGUUACGUCAAGAUAGCCAAGUGGAAUGAUGCGAAUUUCUGGGCCAUGAAACAAGCUGCAGAAAAGUCCCAUCGAACCCUUCACAAGUUUGUUCGAAGAUACGAGGCGGCGCUGAGCGAACCUGUUCGUCAUUUUCUGAUGGAUACCAAAACCAUUCUUGGCUCUCUGGAAGCUGACACUACUAAUGCACCACGUGAUGAAAAGCUCGAACCUCAUUGGUUCAUUUUGCCUGACAAGGCACAGAUUUCUCAACAAAUCACUGACCAGACAAUGAGCCAGACGUCUGCGUUAAACAAUCAGAUUGACAGAUUACCAAGACUCCUCCCAAAAAUGAGAAAACUUUGUCUCAGAAUACUUACCAAGCAGAAAUACCCUCAACUCGUGGCAACACUAGAUGACUUUACAGGCGAGAUUAUCACUGCAGUGCAUGAGCUACAGUCUCUUGAUGUUUCUUCUCAGCCCAAAGAGAAACGCUCAGAAGUGAGAAAACACAUUCAUCUCAGAAAGCGUACAUCGCUGGCGGAGCUGUUCAAAGCUUUGUCAUCUUUAGGUCUGUCAUACAGAAAGGGCCUACAAACACUCAACCAACCGUCCAUACAAGAUUCUUCCAUGUUACUUCCAGCUCUUGACGAGAGAGCGAUUCGCCACAUUCAAGAAGGAAUGCCAAGUGGGUUAGUAAAGGCAGUCGGCUCCCUUAGCAACAGAUGUCAACACUAUUACUAUAGAUGUGUGGCUCGUACGUCAGCCUUGAAUGUUCACAUGGCAUCGCCAUCCAAGGAAUUAACGUUAAGUGAUAUCGAACGAAGCAAGGGAUACACACAUCACUUGUUGCGUGUUGUGCAAGGUCAACGAAGGUCCAUAACAUCUGUCACGCAGUGUAUGGCAUUACUAAGGCUUGCUUCUAAGUCUCUCGCAGAUGUAACAGAAGCCGACCAUGAAGCACACUCGGCGAUGCUACCACCACAGGAUGAGAUACCACAACGAAUAGUUGGUUUAAUGGACCUACUGACAUGGGUUGGUCAAGGGUUAGAGCGUUCCUCGCAUCUCUUAAACAGCUGCCCUAAGGGAGAGUUUGAACCAGAAUCUACUGCAUUUCCCACAGCCAUGCUGUCACCUGCCGCUAUGACUCAUCGUGAUAGCGAGACGCACCAGGCUAUCAUAAACACCAUUCAGAGCUGUCAAUCAGACGUCAAGAAAAUAACCAAUGAGAUCAGACCCCAUGCUGUAGCAUUUGAAAGUCACGUGAGCGGAAGUGACGUAGGAAACUAUGUGUUAGCAUCCUGGAAACAUGUGGAAAUUCUCUCACAAGGAUUUGAUGGUUUGAAAAACGUUUAUCAGAUCAUACAAGAAAUUGUUCCGUACUUCAAAUCCAGUUUGUCAGUUCAAGGUCUUGGUGGCUCGCUUCAUCUUGUAUCGAACAAGAUUAGCGAAGAAUGCGAGAAAUUCCAAAUAUGGUUUAGCGACUUAUCACGUGAUUCGACGACUCGAAUCAUGUCGGAAGAGUCUUCUCAUGCCAUACUCGACACAGUGGAAACGACCGUGACAGCACUGUUACUUGGUGUACAGAGAAUAGCGAAAAUCACCGAGGAACGUAGCGAGGAAGACGAGCAAAAACGAACUACCUCCGAGGAAGAGCAAGAUGAAGAAGACGAAGGUUUACUGACUGGUCAUCUUAUGACGCAUGUUUAUCAAAACAUGGUUGACGAUGUAGUAAAACUUGACCUCAAGACCGUUCAGAUGAGUGUGAAAUCCUUGAUAUCUGACCUGAGAGAGACGGCUAAUGUUGUACAGCAUCCCUCACGUAGUAAUGAGGACAGCACAUUCAAUAUUGAAUCAAGUCUGUCACACGACAAAACAGGUUGGAUGUUGAGGAGUUCAGGUAUUCCACUCAUGUCUUCUAUUGUUGCUCUUUUGGACCAGUUCAUUGGACUUGCAGACAGCUAUCUGGUCAACAUGUUGUCUUCACACAGAACUACAUGUAAACUGCUUUCUGUUCUGUUGGGUGUUUUCACCGAGUUGGCAGAGAAAGGUUUUUGCUUGCCACCAGAGAUGGAAGAAGAACAAAGUGGGGAAGGAGCUACUGAGUUUGAAGAUAUUGAAAAUGGCGGACUCGGUGAAGGAGAAGGUGCGAAAGAUGUUAGUGAUCAGAUCGAAAACGAGGACCAGCUGCAAGAUGCGAAACAACAAGGUCAGGAUGAAGACAAACAAGACAACAGUCAGCAACAGAUUCCCGAAGAAGAAAGUGGAAUCGAAAUGAGUGAAGAUUUCGAUGGCGCUUUGCACGAUGUCGAAGGUGACGAACAAGAAGAUGAGAAGAGCGGUGACGAGGAGGAAGAGGAACAAGAUGUUGACAAGCAAAUGGGAGAGUUAGAUGGGAAAGAGGAUGAGAAACUGGACGAGAAAAUGUGGGGUGAUUCUGAUGAUGAGGACGAAAACGAGGAGAAGGAAUCAGAAUCGGAAAAAGGCGCUGGUGCUGAAGCCGAAGCGCAGUCUGAAAUGGUGGCGAAAGAAGAUAAUAAAGAUGCUGUUGAUCAAAGUAAAGAGAAAGAUCAAGAACUCAGCGAGCAAAAUGACAAGGAAGAUGAUGUCAAUGAGUUACCCAAAGAGGACCAUGGGAACCUAUCAGACGAAGAACUAGACGAACAGGGGGAGGGUAAGGAUGAUAAUGGCACACCAGAUAAUGAAGAGGACAAUGAUCUUGACCUUCCUGAGGAUUUAGAGUUGGACGAAGACGUUGAGAAUGAGGAAGAAGUAGGAGAAGGAGAAGAAGAAAAAGAAAGCGAGGCGAACAUGGAUGGUGGUGACGAAGAGCCAAUGGACGUCGACCAAGAGGACACUUCACAAGAAGAAAGCAACAAAGAAGAAGAGCAAGGGAAAGAAACGAAAGAGACGGAUGAUGAGAACGAGGAAGGAAAUGAAGAGAAACAAGAUGGCGGUGAAGAACCCAAAGAUGAUGAUAAGGAUGAAGAUGAAGAAUGGAGAACGAAACAUGAAAGCGAGGUUCCAGAUGCUGUGCAAGCUGUAGAAGACACUUCAGCCAAUGAUGGAGCACCUCAACAGAACGAUACAUUAGAGCAGACCGCUGGUCAAAAUGAGCCCAACGAAAACAAAGAACAGCAUAGUGUGGGGACCGCAAAGGCUGCUGGGAAUGAAGGGCAUUCUGGAGAAGCGGAAGUGACGUCAGCACAGUCAUCCGCUGAUACAAAACAAAAGCAACGCAAGCAGAUGAACCGAUCUCGUUCUGACCGGAGCCUCGGGUCCAUGGAUGAGCGAACCCAUAAGCGUUUGAAAACUGUGGACGAAACAGAACUGGAGUCUGAAAAACAGAGUGACGUGAAAAAAUCAUCAGAGCUUUACCAACACAUCCAAGACGAUGAGUCCAAGCACGAUGCGCAGACUCUUGAUAGUGCAACUGCUGACCAAACUCGAGAACAAGAGGGCGCGCGCUUCCCUGAGCAUCAGAGUGACGAGGAAGAUGAACAAGACGAAGAAAUGGAGGAUUCAGACGUGAUGCUGAGGGAGAAAGAAGAGCGUCUGAAGCAAAUGCAUCAACAAAAGAACCUUCCAGCUGACACAGAAAUGAAAGCACAUGACGAAGAACAACCGCAAGACACAGAGGAACUGGGCACUAGAUCACAGUCACGUGACACGGAUAACUCAGCUGAUAGGACGAGCAGCUCGUAUCACGUGUCUCUUACAGCGUUACAUCAAGAAAAAGAGGAAUUAUCCGUCGAUCCAGACAGACUAAGAUCCGAUCUGGAACAUCAGUUAUCUGUGUGGUCGAAUCUAAACCAUGGUACAGCAGAGGAACAACGACUAGCUCAGAGCGCAUGGCAUAAAUAUGAAGUACUGACGUCAAGUCUUGCACAAGAGUUGUGUGAGCAGUUGAGACUGGUGCUGGAGCCGUCGCUAGCCACUAAACUCAAGGGUGAUUAUCGUACUGGCAAGAGAUUAAACAUGAGGAAAGUCAUUCCAUACAUCGCUAGUCAGUUCCGCAAGGAUAAAAUAUGGUUGAGACGAACUAAACCAAGUAAGAGACAAUACCAGGUGAUGAUAGCUGUUGAUGACUCAUCCAGCAUGGCAGACAACCACUCCAAACAGCUUGCUUUUGAAUCUUUAGCUGUCAUAAGCAAAGCUCUAACUCGGCUAGAAGCUGGUGAUCUUGCUGUUUGCAGUUUUGGUGAAUCAGUGAAGCUGCUUCAUCCUCUACAUGAACAAUUCACAGAUCAAAGUGGUGCAAAGAUUCUGCAACAAUUUACAUUUGACCAGACCAAGACAAAGAUAGCUCAGCUUGUUGAUACCUGUUCAAGUCUCAUGCUGUCAUCUCGUUCUCGUAUGCAAAGYGGUCCUCGUUCUGGUUCUGAUACGUCGCAAUUGCUUCUUGUGGUGUCUGAUGGGAGGGGUGUCUUUCUUGAGGGAAUGGAGACUGUAAGACGUGCUGUACGUGCAGCCAAAGCAGCAGGGAUUUUCCUGGUAUUUGUCAUCAUUGAUAAUCCCAUCAAUAGAGAUUCUAUCCUGGACAUCAAGGUACCAAUAUUUCGUCCAGGAAAACCACCGGAUAUCAAGUCCUACAUGGAAGAGUUCCCGUUCCCCUUCUACGUCAUCCUCAGAGACAUUAACUCACUGCCUGUCACACUGAGUGACGCAUUACGGCAGUGGUUUGAACUGGUCACCAGUAUGGACACUUAGUAGGUUGCCAUGGUAAUGAUAUCAUGUUAAUUUAACUGACAUCAGUCACAGGCUGGUAUCUUGUUGUAUUAGUAAGAAUUGCUCAUUAGAUUAUUUCUGGUUGUCAAGAUAAUUCGUUGUCAUGGUAACAGCAUUUGUUACUUAAUUGCUCACUAUGAUGGGCUAUACAAAAUAUAACUGUCAUGGGGUGGGUAGGGGUUGAUUGUUAUAAACACUAAUCAUGAAUCCAUAGGUAUUUAUAUAUUUGAAAUAAAAAAUAUUUCACAGUC